GUUAUACAUACACAUAUACAACCCACCUCGGCGUUGCCUUUUUCUGCAGCAGCUUUAGCACAUCAAAUCACUCCCAUCACUCUAUGCACGAGAGAUCUCAUUCCUCGACGACCCUUUCCCUUCCCUGGACGUGGAUGCUGCUGUCUGUGUGUUUUUGCUUACACUGUUUGGCUUGCAGGGUGUCAUUCUUCUAACUUGUUACAAUCAGCAACAGUGCUACCGCAGACUCAAAGAAGAGCGAGAGAGAGAGAGAGAUCUAUACCUGGCUGCUCACUAGUUCCAACAAGGUGCUAUCAUGUCGAGGCUGGCGAUGGAUGAUUUGUUCUAUGGGAAGCCCGACAGGGUGCGUUACGUUGCAGGAGGAGGAGGAGGAGGAGACUAUCGAAACCGCGACUUCGACUUGGGUCGAACUUAUCACCGAAGGGAAUACCAACUUGGUCCACAGUACUACUCCGAUGGGGAAGAUUACUACAGCCAUCGAUAUGGUGGUCGCGCUCCAUCGUAUCCCAGCUCCAGCAGUGGUCGGGCCAUGUUGCCGGAUGUGAUACUCAGAGUUCCAAUGGAUAGCCAGAGAUGUGCGGAAAAGGUGAAGCACGCUUUAGCCACAAAUGGCGUCUACAGCGUUCAUUGCUGCGUACCCACAGGGACUGUGACCGUGUCAGGGAACAUCGCCCCACAGGCUCUGUUGAAAAGGGUGAAGCAAGUGAAGAGGAAAUCAAAGAUCCUCUCGUAUUCUAGUCACCCUGCUCACAUUGUGCCUCACCAUGGCUACAGCAGCCCCUCUUCGGCAGCAGCAUUGGGGUCUUCGAGCUACAGGCCCGCACACAUGAUCAGCGAUCCUCAGUGGGACCUCACAUACUACAACCGCAACGGGCAGCAACCAACUGUGCUCCCGGCAAACCACCACAACUAUUACCGACCAUCUCACCACCACCAUUACAGCAACCUCUACUGAUCCUUCCCAACACCAAAAACCUUUCGCAACAACACUAACUAUUAGGUUAUGGUUUCCUUUCGAUCUACAAAACGUGCAAAAUCAGGCUCUUCUUGAGCUAUCAGAACACCAAACCAUGCGCUGUGCAAAAGGUGCUACUGCUCUGAAACCACUGUGAGAGUGUUUUUUAUCUUCUUCUUUUUUUUGCUUUUUUUUUUCCUAGCAGAAUUGUGAAACAUUUAUCAAAUGACUUGUAGAAUUAUUAAUAAUGUUUUUACUAUUCAUAAAAAAUUCAAAUAUAAACUAUGUCCUUGAUAUGAUAUUUUGAAAUUUAUUUUGUUAUUUUAUUAAA